AUGUUUCGCAAUCGGUUCGUCUUCUUGCCCUCUGAUCUGUAUUCCUUUCCCCCCGACUCGACCGUCCGGGACGCUAACCGUCAACUUGCUCGCAGACGCACUUCUCAGAAGCCCGACGAAGCGUUGUACGCGGCCUUCAAGGAGUCUUUUCCCGAAGUCGGGCCUGGAUCAUCCUCAUCAGCUGGACCGAGUGACGAAGGCCCUGCUCGCAGAUCAUCAGUCCUAAGCGAGGCUAUUGUGGAUGAACCCUCGACAGCUCAACGGUACGUCUCCGACAGUCUUACUUCAUCUCGUCUUCCUCUCCUCUCAACCAGCGCUACAUGUCAACAUUCUUCAACAAUGUCGCCGACCUAUCACUCCUCUGAGGAGCCCGACCAAGGAGGGCAUCGCGCUGACUAUUUCUCCAGCGCAUUCGAUAGUCAGCCUGAGGUCAAAGAACCGCAGGAUGCGACACCCAAACACUUCGCUGACGGCUGGAGAUUCACUCCUUCCCUCAUGGAUCCCAACUCUUUCGCCUUCUCGGCCUUCGCAAAUCAACCUCCUGGCUACCUGUAUACGCCGACCCCUGGAGGCUAUAGCACGCUCUACCACCCCCAAGCGGGCGACCUUCACACCCCUGGAAUGGGAAUGAAUACGCCGUUAUCGUUGCCUCACUCAGUGCAGGCCAUGCAUGCGCACGAUCCUCUAAUGCAUCUCCAACAUUUCAACCCCCAUUUCUUACACCAACCUCAUCCGUUCCAGGAUGCCUUUCAGCCGGCGCAACCGCAAGUCUCCGUUAUUGCGCAGCAACCACAGAGCUUUGCGCCUCAACAGUUCCUCCAGCAUCAGGACUCGGGUUAUGUGGCAAUGGACGAUAGUCCGCACAAGACGACCCCGAAUCAGGCCGAGUUUGGCAUGGAACGACCUCCCAUGAAUGCGGCCAUUUCACAAGCCAUGUCCGGGACAAUGGGGCUUGCAGAUGUGCCGUUGGGAGACAAAUUACGAUUUCACACCACUUUAAAUGCUCCGACCGCCAUGGUUCGGCAUGCAGACGAGAUCCCCAUCACUUAUCUCAACAAAGGUCAAGCAUACACCAUGUCCAUCUGGGACACGGUUCCGCCCAUGCCACGAGACAGCGCUCCUCAGUACCGCACCUGCGUUCGUGUUUCAUUCGAGGACGAGCAACAGAGAGCCCGACCAGGAGCCUGUUGGCAACUCUGGAAAGAAGGCCGCGGCUCAAACGAGGCCCACCAACGAGGCGGCAGACUUCUCGCUGUGGAAUACGUCGAUCCUAAUCAAGGCGGGGAUGACGAACUACGCAAGCCACUGGUCCAGCUUGAGAAGGCGUCUUUCGACGGGUUCGCAGUAACCUGGGUUCCCAGCCUGGUCAGUGGAGGUCCCCACUGUUCUAUCUCCAUUCGAUUCAACUUUUUGUCGACGGAUUUUAGCCACUCUAAAGGUGUCAAGGGUAUUCCCGUCCGACUUUGUGCGAAGACCGAAUUGGUCACUCCACAAACCACGGCCAGCAACGAAGCAGAAGUCUGUUUCUCGAAGGUCAAACUUUUCCGAGACCAUGGUGCCGAAAGAAAGCUCUCGAACGACGUGGCCCACGUUAAAAAGACGAUUGACAAGCUCAAACAACAGAUAGCGCAGGCUGAGGCUGGUCUGGGCAAUUCUGGAAAGAGGAGGAGGAGUGGAUCGAUGGUGAAGGCGUUGACGUCGACAUCGACGUCGCGCCCUGGGAAAGUGAUGAAACACAAGCGUACAUUUUCAGUCGAUUCGGAGGCCGAUGGAGCCAAGUUUUCGGUCGAAGAAGACCUGCAAAUGAAGCUUGUUACCAUGCAAGAUAUGUUCUCGUCGACCAGACCGGUCAGCGUUCUGUUUCUGCGUGGCGAUCCAGAAGACGAUCCGGACUUGUUUCCUGUCAAGCUACCUGGGGACGACCCUGACAUGAAGGAAAUCGUCAGAACCAAUACAUGGGAGUCGAGACAGAGUGUCUCCGACUCCCCGACAUCGAAUGCAGCCUCGCCCAGUUCAAAUUCAUCACAGGCCUCGCCCAAGAGGAGAUUUUCGGACAUGCAGCAACCCGCCAUACAGGAGGAGGGCGAGAGCGAGCACGACAAGGAACCGGCGGCUCCAUCUGGCGCUCCGACUCGAGCGGUCAAGAUCCCCAAGACCGAGACUGAUGCGAUGGUCAAAAGAGAUUUGUUCGCGGUGGACGUCGAUAGCAGUUAUCAGCCACCUGUCGAGAAACCCAUCCGACCCGUUGCAUGUUUUUAUGUGCGCCAGAAAGAUUCACGCAGGGACUACUAUCGCGCAGUCUACCUGAUGCAGCGAUCUGUCCGAGACCUGAUCAACGGCAUAUCGGACAAGUUCCAAGUUGACCCUCACCAAGUGACCCAGGUGACGCACAUCAAUUCUCGAGGAUUACACAUCAUUGUGGAUGAAGAUGUUGUUCGAGAGUUGCCCGAAGGACAGGAUAUGAUCGUUGAAUUUGCACCACUACGAUCCGAGCAGCCGGUCAAACCUGAACCUGUUCGUACAGCGAUGACCGAGGUGAGGGUCGACAGCGCAACGGCACCUGCGGAAAGCUGGAUGUCCGACCCCUUGGAGAUGUGGCUGAAUUAUUGA